AUGUCGCUGUCGCCCGAAUUAGCUCCUCUUUUGGCUGAUCGUACCGCCUCGUAUAGCAGCUCCGACUCCGUGGAGUGCCAGUCGAAGUUUACGCUUGAAUCCCGCGUGGUCCGGCUGUUUCUCCGUAGAAGGUUCUGGUGGUUUUGCUUGGUGGGAGUGGCUGCCAUCAUCACGCUCCAACUCUCAUUUUUGCCCCGAACUUCUCUAAACCGUGACUUCCGAAGAUGGCACGAUCUCCAUUUGACCAGAACUGAUGUCAGACGGCUAUACUUGGUUGAACUGCGUAUCAACAGACCAGAUAGUGAUGGCUGUACCAUCGAGCAACACGUGGAUACCUAUUUGCGCCAAUUGACUGCCAUCAAUGCAAAAUAUGCCUCGGGCCUAGCAGCUUCUGAAACUCCAGACUUGACAACUUACACGGAGCAGCAGAUGCGCCAACUUGGCUACAGAACGAACAAGUACAACUACCCACUUGUUCAAGGACUUCGUCUGCCUCGUCGUCUGAGUUUGCACUUGUUAGACUCAAAAUCUGGAAGACUGCUUUAUAAGACACCUUUGGAGGAGCUCGAAACGUCGACGCCGUCAUAUUUUACGUUCGGAAAGAACGGAACAGUCAGAAGUGCUUUCAUAUAUGCGAACGAUGGCCUUCCUGAAGACUACUCUCUUUUGAUGGAAAACAACAUUUCUCCUCAGAACAAAAUUGUCAUCUUUUCCCAUACUCUAGCAAGCGAAUUCUCUCUUACCGAUAAGAUUCUUUAUGCAGAGAGCUUAGGAUGUCUGGCUGUGAUUGUUAGGGGAGAUGGUGCAAAAGAACAUGCAAUUUCCAGGGAUUUCAAGCCCACUACGCCUCCCGAAGAAAGAUUCAGGCUCCCAGUCAGUUUCAGUCUGGCUCAACCUAUUCUCGAGGCAAUGGGCGAGCCUAGGACACCGUUCGCAGAGUGGAAGCACCUGCCGGUGUGCUUUGACAAUUCUUUAGAGCUUGAACUCACCACUGAAUUUGACCCUUGGCCUCUCAAUGCUACCAAUAUUGUAGCAUCGCUCGAGGGCGUCCUCAAUGACGGCGAGAUUAUUAUUGGUACUUCUCGUGACGCUUUCACGUCCCUCAACCCGCUGAGUGGACACGCUGUUAUGUUUGAGACCAUGAGGAGAUUCCAGAACUUGAGAAAACUUGGCUGGAGACCCUUGAGAACUAUUAGAUUUGUAUCGUGGGAUUCUGCAAGAAGUGGAGAUUUGGGUGCACUUGCUAGUGUAAACGAUCCGCGAAUGUUUCAGACCAAUCUUCCAAUUCUUGCCUACGUCAACUUGGACGAUGAUCUUGUAACUGGAAGUCACUUCGAUGUGGCAGCUAAUCCAUUGUUCAAUCACUUGAUCAAGGAAAUCUCUCGCUUGGUGCCUUUUGCAAAGAACUCUACGUACUUCAAACGUCUCCUUAAGGAUGACGAAGACGAAAUGUCUGCAAUUGGUAAGUUUUACGAUCAGAAAGUCUCGGAUGAUAACAAUAAUGACGACAGCGACAACAAUGAAGAUGACGACGGAGAUGAUGAAGACGAAGGUGUCACGUCGCUAUACCACUAUUGGCACCUCCAGGAUAAUGCUACGAUUAACAACAAGCUCGGCAAUGUCAUGGCAGGGAAGGAUACUUCCAUAUUUGAGAUUGUCAAGUCCUACCCGAUUUUGAACUUGAAAUUUGGACAGAGCCCUAGUCACAACGACUCGGUUUUUGUUCCGGAAUCAAACUACUACAGUUACAAAUGGUUAACUAACGACAUUGAUAAGUCACUUGAACUUCAUGGUCUGCUUGUUAGAUUUUUGGGCUUAUUUGUUCUUUCUCUUGAAGAACAUGAGGUCGUCGAUACAAAAGCGCAGCCUUACUUCAAGCAAGUGAAGAAUUUCUUCGAAGAGUUCGAAAUAGACAAGCACAAGAUUAUUAGGGAAUGGAAUGACUCCGUUGUGGACGAGUCGUUAUUCUCCAAGUCGUUAUUUUCAAAGUCUGCCAUUUACACAGAUAUUAUGGCAAAAAUCAAGGACCCAGACUAUAAGGUAACAAUGGGAGCUAUGUUCAAUCAAACCGACAUUAUUUUGGACCAAUUGGUGGAGCAGGCAUGUGUAUUUGACUUGUACAACAAAGGAGUAGAGGACUUGUUGACCACGGACUAUCCAUGGUACAAGAUGCUCAAGAAGGUCCACAUCUACGCCAAAUUCAAGGUUGCGAACUACAAGAUACUUCGUCUUGAGAAAGAGCUCAAUCUUGUCGGCCAAGACGAAGACUCGAAGGUUUACCAUCACUUCAUGUAUGAAGUUUCGAAGGGAUUCAUUUCAAGUGGUGAGAAGAUUAAGCGGGGCGCAUUUCUGUCGCUAUAUGAAGCAGCAGAUGUACAAGAUGAAAGGGAAAUGGCCAGAUUGGUUGUAGAGCGUUACGAGUCGCUCAAGGCGGUGCUCAGGAAAAUGACAUAG